AUGCGGUUGGCAGUGUUGCCCUUUGUGGCAUGCUUCACAGCAAUCAAUGCUCAAGACUUCAUGUCAUUUCUGAAGCCUUUUUUGGGCAGUGGGCUAGCCGGGAACAACGAGGCAGGCGGUGGAUCGGCGUCAGGCAUUGGAAGCCUUUUGAACACAUUUGCAUCGACAGGGAACAGCGCGGGCCCAGGCAGCAAUAUGCCUUUUGCUGAGUUUGCUCAACUCGGCAUGUCACUUCUGAAUAAGGGUGGUGGCUUGGGAGCGCUAGGCGGUGGUGGUGGACGGGUUGGGCCCAGUCCGGCUGGCGCUAUCUCAGCAGCCGACUACGAUGAAGCUGACAGGGCUGAGCAACGCCGCGAGCAACAAAUCACUCAAGCGCAACGCGAACGACAGCAACAAAUGAGGAGAUCUCGCGUUGAAAAGAAAGAACGCGAAAAAAUGGAGGCUCAAAAGCGGAAUGAGGAGAUGAGGAGAAGAAGAGAAGAAAAUCGACUGAAUAGGGAAAUCGCGAGAAAAGAGAAAGGAAUCGAGAGGGAAAUGGGAAACGAGCAAAUGAAUCGAUUGCAAAGGGCAAGAAUGGCUAAAAGACGUCGUGAGCUGGCUGCUAGUACUGGAGCGAAUGGAGGGAGCUGGCGGAAUGGGAAUCAUCCGGGAACGCCGGGUGGAAUGAAUCAAAGAAGGAAGAAGCAGCUUUCCGUCCCAAGCGGCACCCCAUCGCCAGCACAACCUCAAACUCUUCAACCAACCCAAUCACCUCCUCUCUACACUCAAUGGCUUCCUCCACCGCCCACCCAACCUCCAAUCGCUCAACAAUACUGGCAACAACAAGGCCCACAACUUGUCCAGCCACAAUUACCCGUUCAACAACCAUACUAUCAACAGUACUAUCAGUUGCCGAGACAGUACUAUCAACAAUAUCAACCCGUUCAACAGCCUUGGCCCCAGCAAGCCGUUCAACCACCAACACAGAGCUUUACCGCUUCGCUGCAGCGAACGCAAGCGAAGCGAACGCAAGCGAAGCGAACGCAAGCGAAGCGAACGCAAGCAAAGCAGACGCAAGCGAAGCAAACGCAAACGCAAGCGAAGCAAACGCAAGCGAAGCAAACGCAAGCGAAGCAAACGCAAGCGAAGUCACUGAUCCGUCGUCCUCUCCGUCAACCAUUCACCCAAAAAACCACCCCAAUUCCGACCUUCACUCUCCCGAAGUUCCCCACUUUUCCAACUCCACCUCCCACUCCACCUCCAACCUCUACAAUCACUCAAAAACCCUUCUCUUUACCCACCGAUUUCACCUUUCCGCCUGAUCAGAACAAUCACAUAUUGGAGGAUCGUGUGAAAGCCUUUGCUCAACCAAAUCGAGUUCUCAAGCUUCUGCAAGAAGUCUCCGAAUACUCGCCCGUUCAACAAACCGAGGGCGACUCAAUGCGCAAAUUGAUGCACGCUUUUUUCGGCGCUAUGGCGAAUAUGAAUGCAAAACAGGCGUCGUCAAUUCAACUCGAGCCGAUGUACGACGGGACGGAAAUGGGCGCCAAUCGGCCGCUCACCAAUCAGCUCUUCGAAUCGGACAUGGUGUUGACGGUGGAACAGAUGAAGGGAAUCGUUUUGGCAGCUGGUGAGGGUGGGAAAAGGACGAAACGGAAAGUGAUCACUGGAGGGGUUUACCGAUGGCCAAAGGGAGCGCCGAUUCCGUAUCGCUUCAAAGGGGGAACGGAAGAAUGGAAAACACUGAUCCGGAAAGGUCUCUCAAUAUGGGAAUCGGAGACUUGUGUCCGUUGGAGAGAAGAUCCAUCAGCCAGAAAUCAUCUCGUUUUCAUUCGCGGAUCUGGAUGCUACUCGUCGGUGGGCAGAGUGGGUGGCGGGCAAGCGGUUUCGAUUGGAUAUGGAUGCGAUGAUGCGGGUAUCGUCACGCACGAGGUGGGCCAUUCGCUCGGCUUUUGGCAUGAGCAGAGUCGACCGGAUCGCGAUGAUUACAUCGUUUUCAAUCGCGGCGUUGUCAUCCGGGGCACUGAAGGGAAUUUCGCGAAACGAACGACGCAAGAAACCGAAGAUAUGGGAUUACCGUAUGAUCUUGGAUCCGUUAUGCAUUAUGGACCAACAGCUUUCACCACCGAUUGGGACGAGCACACGCUGAUCACAAAGGAUAAGCAAUUUCAACGAACGAUCGGUCAGCGUCGAGGCCCAUCUUUUAUCGACGUAAAACAAGUGAAUCGACUUUAUUGCAAUGACGUUUGCCCACAGGAUCUCGGUUGUGAGCACGGCGGUUAUGUGGAUCCGAAUAACUGCAAUCGAUGCAAAUGUCCGCCAGGACUCAGCGGAGUACGGUGCGAGAGGGUGCAACAAAGCACACGUUUAUGCGGCGGUGAGCUGACAGCGACCGGGCUCUGGCAAGAGAUCUCUUUUCGUGGGAAAGGCGAAUGCUUUUGGCGAAUUCGGGCUGAAAACGCUCGAAUUCGCUUCGUUCUCUCGAAAGUCGAGUACCGUUGUGAAGAAGUUUGCAAGGCUUACAUCGAAAUCAAGGCGAACUCGGAUUUUCAGCAGACUGGCUUUCGGAAGUGCUGUGACGACGGAGAGAUCGAACGAACGUCGGAGCAGUCAGAGCUCUUGCUCCUGCACACAUCGACAAUUUUAGAGUACGAGACGAAGUUCAACUUGAGAUAUAUCAUGGAUUCCGGCUCUCCAUUGCCCCCACGUCCGCCACCAAUACCCACAAAUGUUUGGGUGCCGGGUAAAGAGAAUCGAAAUUUCCGCGGCUCUGCCUCGUCGAUGGGACCGGUCGAGCAGUUCAUUCUGAACGCUUUGCCAAGGGUGCGCGACGUGAAUCGCCCAAUGGAAUCCAUGGCCUCGAUUGUCACCGAUUGGACACUGAAAACGCUGUUGGGUGUGUCGAAA